GUUGCGCACUGUGGCUGUAGCAGUGUGGGGCUGGAAGUAGGAUGGCGAAGAUGGCUGCAGACCUAGGAGAGCUGCUGGUCCCUUACAUGCCCACCAUCAGAGUUCCCAGAUCGGGAGACAGGGUUUUCAAGAGUGAAUGUGCCUUUUCCUACGAUUCUCCUGAGUCUGAGGGUGGCCUGUAUGUGUGUAUGAGCACGUUCCUUGGCUUUGGAAGGGAACAUGUGGAGAGACAUUUCCGCAAAACUGGACAGAGUGUGUACAUGCACUUGAAACGUACAGUUAAAGAGAAAGCAACGGGAGCUGCAGGGGGUGCUGUGGCCAGGAGAAGAAAUGGGAAGGUUUUCUUAGAGCUUAACCGUGAUUUUAACGGAGAUGAUUAUGAAUGUGAAGAUGAGGCCAAACUUGUCAUAUUCCCAGAGCACCAUGAGAUCCCCUUACCAAAUAUUGAGGAGUUGCCUGCACUGGUGACAAUAGCAUGUGAUGCCGUGCUCAAUGCAGCAUCUCCGUACAAAAAACAGGAGACCCUUGCCUGGGAAGACGAGAUUCAGGUGUCACGACAUGCCAGGAGUCUCCGACAGGAGGGUAAUGGGGUGCAGAUCCCUCCCAGUGGCUGGAAGUGUUCCAAAUGUGAGAUGAGAGAGAACCUGUGGUUGAACCUGACGGACGGUGAAGUGCAUUGUGGGAAGUGGUUCUGUGAUGGUACUGGAGGCAAUGGGCAUGCACUGGAGCACUACCGGGAAACAAACUUCCCACUGGCAGUCAGACUGGAUUCCAUCACUGCAGAUGGGGCUGAUGUAUAUUCAUUUGAUGAAGAGGAAGCAGUGUUGGACCCAUAUUUAGCAAAUCACUUAGCACACUUUGGAAUAGAUAUAUUGCAGGUUCAAAAGAUGCAGAACGGGCACACGGACAAAGAGAUGCGGCUGCGCGCCAGGGAGUGGGAGGUGAUCCAGGAGUCCGGCCACAAGCUGAAGCCCGUGUAUGGCUCCGGCUACACCGGCGUUAAGAACCUGGGAAACAGCUGCUACCUGGGAACCAUCAUGCAGGUCCUCUUCAGUAUCCCACAAUUCCAGAGGACCUAUGUGGGGAAUCUUCAGAGGAUUUUUGAUUACUCGCCCCUUGAUCCCACAAAGGACUUUAGCACACAGAUGGCAAAGCUUGGCCACGCAUUACUCUCAGGCCAGCAUUCCAAACCGCCAGUGAAAUCCGAGCUCAUAGAACAGGUGAUGAAAGAAGAACGCAAAGUAUUAGACUGGCAACAACAGAGAGGGGUCUCCCCCAGGAUGCUCAAGGCCUUGAUUAGUAAAGACCACCCCGAGUUCUCCUCUAUCAGACAACAGGAUGCACACGAGUUCUUCCUACACUUACUGAACUUUGUUGAGAGGAGCAGCCCGGGAUCAGAGAAUCCUAGCGACGUGUUCCGCUUCCUGGUGGAGGAGAGGGUCCAAUGUUGCCAGUCCCGGAAGGUGCGCUACAGUCAGAGAUUGGACUACUGCAUGCGGCUUCCAGCCCCCAUAGAGGCUGCCACAAACAAAGAGGAGUUGAUAGCCUAUGAAACCCAGAGAAGGGAGGCAGAGGAGAACUUGACACCACCGCCGGUGCCAGUGAGGGCAAGAAUCCCCUUUACCGCCUGUUUACAGGCCUUCACCGAACCUGAUAAUGUGCCUGACUUCUGGAGCUCUGAGCUGCAGGCCAAGUCAGCCGGAGUCAAGACGUGUCGAUUUGCUUCUUUCCCUGAGUAUAUGGUCGUGCAAAUUAAGAAAUUCACUUUUGGAAUGGAUUGGAUCCCCAAGAAAUUAGAUGUCUCCAUAGACAUGCCAGACUUUCUGGAUCUUUCUCGGCUGAGAGCCACAGGGCUACAGGCGGGAGAGAUGGAGCUGCCUGACCUCACGCCACCCAUUGUCAUUCCUGAGAACAGCAGAGGUAACUCGCUGAAUAGCUUUCUGGAUUCUUCAGAUAUAGAUGAGUCCUCAGUGCUGCAGUUGGCAGAGAUGGGCUUCCCCAUGGAGGCCUGUCGGAAGGCAGUAUACUACACAGGAAAUAUGGGGGCAGAGAUGGCUUUCAGCUGGAUUAUAGCCCACAUGGAGGAGCCUGACUUUGCGGAGCCCCUGGCUGUGCAUUCCUUUGCCGAGGCUGGUCCUUCCUUUCCAACCUUGUCGUCCUUCAUGGGCAGCCAGCCACCGGAGGAGAGUGUGGCUAUCCUCACCUCGAUGGGUUUCCCCAGGCACCAGUCCAUCCAUGCUCUUAAAGUCUCAAACAACAAUCUUGAGCAUGCUCUGGACUGGAUAUUUACCCACCCAGACUACGAGGAAGAGAGUGAGGCUGCGUCUGACACGGCCGACGAGGAGGUUGACGAGGGCGCCCUCUCCGGCGCCAAUGGACACGGCGACGCAUCUCCGCCCCCAAACCAGGAGCGCUUGAGCCCCAUGGUCAGAGAUGGCCCAGGCCGAUACGAGCUCUUUGCCUUUAUCAGCCACAUGGGGUCAUCGGUAAAGUCCGGCCACUACGUAUGUCACAUUAAAAAGGAGGGAAGAUGGAUUAUCUACAAUGACCACAAAGUCUGCCUGUCAGAGAAGCCUCCAAAGGACUGGGGCUACCUGUACUUUUACCAUCGACUCUCUGGGAGCUAAGCUGAACCAUCACAUAUGGACCUAGGGAUACCACAGGAGUUGAAACGCGAAGAAAGCAGAGGUGUCAGUUUUAAUACAAGUGCCCACACCAGACAUGAUAAUGGAGCCUGAAGUGGUGGAUCAAGAAAGACACGGAAAUAACAAAACAACCCCCCCCACACACACACACACAAAAGAUAAGCAUUGAAAUACGGUUUAAACACUGGCGUGGCCAAGCAGAUAGAAGUGUUUCUGUUCACUGCUUUGUUCAAUUAUUUUGAUGUUUUUUUUUUUCCUCAGGGGAGGUGGGUCCUGAG